CACACACACACACACACCCCUUGCGGUGUUUUCCGGGAUCACGCCACUUGCUUCCACUUGGGAUCCAGCAGCAGCGAUAUGGCUGAUCAUCACCGGAUGGGACGGUGCCGUUCGUGAGCGAAAGUUAGCACACAAAUAAUGAGUCAUUACAGGUCCACGAUGCACUCGAUCAGGCGACGGGACACUGCGGCAGGCCGUGUGACGCUGGGGUAGGAAUUAUCCGACGGGGGUUAACUGGUAAUUUUGGUGUGUUUCACGGCAAAGUUACUGGAGGAACUUGUCGCAGUGGAUCCCCGGCGUGCUGCCCGGAUUACCAAUACACAAGUGGAACAAUAGUCUCCUGCAGCAGAAACACAAGCAGGCCCGUGGGCCCCGGUGGUGCGGUUGAGAAGAUGGACAGGAUGAAGAUAAUCAAGCGGAGGCUGUCCAUGUCUCUACGCAGCGCUCGGCCCGUCGAUGAUUCUCUGUCCGAACUCGCAGAGCAGAUGGCCCUGGAUGAGCCAUCCACAGCCAGAGACAACGAGCCCAUGGUGGUGUGUGCUGUGCACCCCCCUGCCUCCCAUAGCGCUCCCUCCUUCCUGCGUCAGUAUGCCGGUCAUCUGGGCCGCACCGCCCUGCGCAGAGAGCCGGGUGGGGGGCUGGAAAGAGACAGAGCCUUCCUGAGCCUGCACAGGACUGGAUCUCUGGGUCCCCCUCCGACCGGUCCUAUGAGAAACCAGUGCUUGCAAAAGGUUCCGAGAUGCACUUUCAAAUGUCAGCUGUUUGAAUCCUGUGGAAUAAUGGAUAUGUCAGACAACCCCCAAAGGUGCCCAGCUCGUGCUCCCAGGGUGGGAGACUCUAGGAUGGGGGAGGCUAGAAUGGGAGAAGGGAUAAGGAUGGGGGAGAGAGACGCGCCGCUGAGGCUGUCACCUUUCCGUAUGCUUCGAGUGCUGGACUCAUGCCGUCCUCCAGGAAACCGUAUUGGCAUCGUCCAUGAAAAUGUGAAGAUGGGUUCAGAUGGGGAGAGCGACCAGGCAUCUGGGACGUCCUCUGAUGAGGUCCAGAGUCCAGUUAGGGUCCGCAUGAGGAACAACCACCAUCGACGCAUCUCUAAUGAGGACAUAAACAAACGUUUGUCUCUCCCAGCUGAUAUCAGGCUACCGGAGGGCUACUUGGAGAAGUUUGCCAUGAACAGCCCACCCUUUGACAAACCCAUGAGCCGCAGGCUUCGACGCGCAUCAUUGUCUGAAAUCGGCUUUGGGAAACUUGAAACCUACAUCAAACUGGACAAACUAGGGGAGGGAACCUAUGCUACAGUGUUUAAGGGGCGAAGCAAGUUAACGGACAAUUUGGUAGCUCUGAAAGAGAUCCGACUGGAGCACGAGGAGGGCGCACCCUGCACAGCUAUCCGAGAAGUGUCUCUGCUGAAAGACUUGAAGCACGCCAAUAUUGUCACUCUCCAUGACAUUAUCCACACUGACAAGUGCCUGACACUCGUGUUUGAGUACCUGGAAAAAGAUCUGAAGCAAUACAUGGACGACUGUGGGAGCAUCAUGAGUGUUCACAAUGUCAAGAUCUUCUUGUUCCAGCUUUUAAGAGGUCUUGCGUACUGCCACAGAAGAAAGGUCCUACACAGAGACCUUAAACCCCAGAAUUUGCUCAUCAAUGAGAAAGGAGAGCUCAAACUGGCAGACUUCGGUUUGGCACGAGCCAAGUCUGUCCCUACGAAGACCUACUCAAAUGAAGUCGUGACAUUAUGGUACCGGCCUCCGGAUGUGCUGCUGGGCUCCACUGAGUACUCUACACCCAUUGACAUGUGGGGUGUGGGUUGCAUCUUUUAUGAAAUGAUCACAGGCAGACCUCUCUUCCCUGGAUCAACUGUGGAGGAUGAACUUCACCUCAUAUUCCGCAUCCUUGGUACUCCUACAGAAGAGACUUGGCCUGGUAUCACAACCAGUGAAGAGUUUAAGACGUACAAUUUUCCCCACUACCACGCAGAGCCCCUCGUCAACCAUGCACCCAGGAUAGACAACGAUGGUCACGACUUGCUCUCAAUGCUCUUACAGUUUGAGGCGAAGAAGCGUGUAUCAGCUGAGGACGCCUUCCGACACGCGUAUUUCAGAAGUCUUGGGGAGCAGGUUCAAACGCUGGCUGACACUGCAUCUAUCUUCUCUGUAAAAGGCAUUCAGCUUCAGAAAGAUCCAGGGAAGAGAUCCUCCGUCUACCCAGAGUCAACGGUGGCCCAUAGGCUAGGCUCUGCACCCUCGCAGUACUUCCAGAGAGAGGCAGCCAAUCCCAGGGUUCAGAGUCACAAUCUCUCCUCCACUUCCACUGGCUGAGUGGCCUCUACCGUUCUGGUAAAUACUGUCUCUUUCACUCUGUCUGCCUUCUGUUCGGGUAACCUUCUCUUUUUUUCUGUUUGGCUGUCACCUGACCUUUUUGUCUUCUCUGUCGCCACCUUGUCUUUGUUGCAAACGUAUUUUAUGUAUGACUCUCACACAUGCUGAACUGCUCUAAAUGCCACUACGUUUCUCUUCACUCCUUGUUUUCCAGAAAGAAAUCAACAUAUCGUUCAUUACCCGUUUCAGUCUCUCGUUAUUUUUUGUCAUCUCAAUUUUAUUCUAUUCGUCCCCAUUCUUUCUUCUGCUGGCCUCCCUCACAUUUCAAGCCCUGUGCCCACGAGCAUCAUCUCAGCUUUCACCUACCUAAUCCUGUUUUUCUCAGAGCAAGCCACUCCCAGUGCUCAUUUCAGGAAUCAAAGAAGGCAAUGCUAUAUUCAUAAAAGCAAAGAAUGUGAUGAGAGAACCAGGAGUCAUUCGAUUAUUUUUCAUUUGCAGUCCUUUUUAGGUUUCUGCAGCGAGAGAUGUAGCCUUUUGUUGAAGUCUGUAAGUGGGGGUUUUGUGUUGUGUGGACUUCAUUGAUUUUGUGUUAUAAAGGCUUUUUUUUGCAUUAGCAUGGAGUAUUUGUUUUACAGCUGUAUGUUACAGUUUUUGGUAAGUAUGAUUUAGCUUCAGCAACGUGGGAUUACACACACAGUAUUGUAAAUUACUGUGAGCAGUAAUUAUUUGAUCAGUAAUAAUAAUACUUAUACACUAUAUGGAGAAAAGUAUCCAUCCGUGAGUUUUUGUUUAUUUUCUUGUCUACCUUUCUUGUUGCAACAUGACAUCGCUCUGGUUUUAAGAAGUAUAUCACUAGGAAAUUGUUUGAUUUUUAAUUAUUUAUUCAGUAAAAUGUUCCACAUUGUGUGUUUCACAACAAGGAAAACAAAUCUGGUGGAACUGAUUGAAUAGUAGCUAUUUCCCUGUGUGCAUGAAUAAAAUUUUAACAGAAAACGAUGCUGAACCAGCCAGUCCUUUUCACCCAACAUCAGUAUCUGCUGUCACUGAAGCUCUUGAGGCUGAAUGGGAGCAAAUCCCUGCAACCAGGUUCCAAAAUCUGGUGAAAAGCCUUUUUUUAGGAGAAUGGAAGGAGAUUAAUGGAUGUGGUUUAGGAAAGACUCAUUAAAUACACCCAGCUACACCUUGCUAAAAAAACACUCAGUCAAAUACAUUAAUCUAGCAAUAAAUUGUACCUUUAUGAAGCUUAUAAUGUUUAGUUCUAAACUGUUUUAUGAUCAACUUAAUGCUUGUAGUUUAUGUUCUGCAUCCUAUUUGAGCCAUAAGUAUAUAACAUUAACUAUUAGUAACUCUUUAUUUAAUUCACUACUUAUAACUGUAAAAAUGAAUCAAUGCAUCUUUAAAAUAGUUUUAACAAAAUAUUAUCGCAUUCAUGGACAUGUUCUUCAAAGCAGUUGUUUUGUUUUAAACUGGAUGCACCAAAAAGACUAAUGUUUGUGUGUCGAGCUGCAACAAUGACUUCUUUAAUAUGUAAACACAGAAUGAAGCCAUCACUAUUUUAAUAAUUUAAUUAUUUUUUUUCAAGAAAAAUGCAGAACAUUUGAUGGCUGCAGGUUUUCAAAAUAUGAAUUUGCUUUUUUUCUUGCAAUUCAGCAAUUUAGUGAUUUGGGGAUUCUUGAACAUGUGAGGAAUCACAUUCAGGCUUUUUUUUUUAUUGCAAUAUUUCCUUAACCAAGUGAUAAAUUGAUUGUUUGAUGAAUUUAAACAUUGGUUAAUUAAUCAGUAGUGAAAGUUCUCAUUGUUGCAGCCUGAUGUGUGACCAGUAUUUUUGGCUCCAUGGUGUAGAUUUUGAGCUGCUGGCAUGGUGUGAAAUUUGCAGGUAUGUGGUGAUGUUUGCGUGUCCAAAUCAAAUCCAAGCUUUUUUUUUCCUCACAUUUCUCUCUCCUCCCUCUGUCUGUCUCUCUCUGUGUCUCUCGCAGCCCAGGGGAAGAGCAGGAGGCAGAGUGUGUUGUUUUAGUGCUGGCGGAGGCGAUGAGAUGAGGAGGACAGUGACACGUGGAGCUGUCUUGUCAGACAUACAUUCACUGACCCUGCCACACACACACCGAAGGAGUGACACACCCUGCCACAUAAACACACACAAAUACUGAAGAAAAAACACACACACACACACACACACACACACACACACAGCAAAACGACAACUAAACCACACACAACUAAGGCUGAAGAAUUCCUAUUUAAAAAUAACGACUCAGUUCAACCCUAACGACAAAAAGAAGUUUAAAAAAUGUGCGUGAUGCUGGAAGAAAAGUGGGAGAGUCUGCGAUUCUCCUUGCUGCUACUACCGCCGCUGCCCAGAGGAGGGCAGCGUUUAGGAUGUGAGCUGACUCGGAUUUGAAACAGAACUUGCUGUAUCAGUGAGCUGUAAGGAGGAAGUGGACGCAAAUCAAAGGCAAAGAAAGAGAUGUGGAGCCCCGUCGCUCUCUUUUAUGUUUUUUUUUCUUUUUUGUUGAUGUACAUAAAGAGACUGAUGAGCUGUAGAACUCUGCUUUUUCAUGACACACCUAAGCCUGAAUCCAAACUCUAAAUAUUGCACCUCAACUCUAAACCCUUGCCUAAUCUCUUGACCCUUUAUUACAUGAUCUCUAAAAAAAAAAAACAGACACAAAAUCUCUCUUUCUCUCUUGCUCUCUCAUUCUCUAUCUUUCUCUCUUAAACACACACAGACACACUGAUGGUUCACUUGAAAGUUACGAGUGUGUAUAACAUUGGAGUUUACAAAGAUAAACCUUUGCACCUUAUUGUCCAGUAGAGAUCAGGGUGGCUGUCAUUACCUCAUCUGUCACUCGAACAGAGUAGGAUGUAAAGUACACGAUAGAGAUAUUGGAAUGGCGAAGAAUCAAAAUGACAGACCAAAAAAAAGAAAAAGCAGCAACGUCUCACUAACCAUAGGAAAUGGACAGACGUGUCGCACACUUCACCGCUCUGGAAUUGAAAACACUCUGCGAUCAACAUGCCAGUAGUAGACAUUAAUUACAUCUAUCACAUCCUCAUAUGCUGUAAAGAACACUACACAACAUUGAAGGACAGAGAGGUAAAGGAAGUGUACAAAUUCUCACCUGCUUAUUCCUAGACACCCCCUUCCUCUUUUGCCUUGACUCAGAAGUUGUCUUGAUCCGUUGUCUGAUGUACAGGUGUUGAUGUUGAACUGUCCUCUUUGCACCUGAUUUUACCUCUUUAGACAAUUAGUAGAUCAUUCAGCAGCCCCACCCUCUCCUCCCCCGAGUCCAUGUGCAUUUAUUUUUUUUACUCAUUUUUUUUUCUAAAUCUGUAUAUAUGAUCGUAUAUUUUACUUGUCAGAAGCAAUGAUAAUUCCAGGAUGCUGUUCUCAGUCUUUACAGUAGGUGACUGGCUGGGGACGUGUUGCACAUUCCUUGAGCUCAGGACUUAUUGCUAGUGUCGUUACGUGGAUGCAGUGAGGUACAGAUGUUGUCUCCUCUGUGGAGCACGUGGCCUGAAACCUUUUGCUGGUUUCAACUGUAUGCGAAGGCAAAGAAAGAUUUCUCUGCAUCAACCUGUCAGUCUGCUGUGUCGUCCGUUCUCUGUUAAUUUGACCAUAACUUCAGAUACUACCUGACCCAUGUCCUUUCUCAUCAUCUCUUUCAGCAUGUUUCCGUAUUAAACACAGAUGUUUUUAAUUGAUAUGUGAAAUAGCUGCUGCUGGGAAAAGGAAUACCUCCUUUGAAGUUUGCAUGGGACAUGACCUUAUCACAUGAUUUUUAUACACCAAACGCAUCAACAUCUAGAGACUGUACCUGAAAGAACAUGACAACACACUGGUCAGCAACGGUGUGAUGUGCUCGCAGCACUGGGACCAGAUAGUUUGUAUGACAAAUCUGACUCAUCCUCUGGGUGUGUACUACAGUAGAAACUGUUCCAUAGCCUGUCUAACUGGGCUAUGAUGUAUCCCGAAGCACUCAGACAACCUGUUGUUUUACGCUGUUAAUAACAACAGACUGCCAGAAACAACAAGACUAAAGUCAGUCCUCCAAGCACCAGGUGUUCAAGCACACAACUGUUUCACACACUGAUCAGGUGACAUGUCAACAUGUACUGUAUCUAUGAGGUGGCCUGUGAGUGUAGUUUGGAGUUUCCUGUACCUCAGGCACUGACCUCGGCUCAUUUCUGCAUCUUUUUCCCCAAAAUGGAUUCGGAAAAGGGAGAAGUGAUCCCACGUCUGUGCCUGUCAGAAGGACUACUUAUUUCCCCAGAGUGUGACAGUAUGUAGCAUGUACAUAGAUGAUCCCUCACUCUGUAUAUACAAAAGUGUACAGGUUUGAUACAGCUAUUCACAUUCUGGCUUUUUUGCUUUUUGCUUUUUUCUUUAAUGAAAGUCAUAGCAAUAUUUCUGUAAUCAAUAAAAAGCCAUGGUAAUAGGAUGAGUAUGAUUGCAUUUGUGUUUAUUUAGGAAGGUGACUGUGAACGAUCAAACUGUGAGACUUGAUGAAAAUAAUGACAGUUUCUUUUUUGGUUUGUUUUUUUAUUUUCUUGUUCUUUGUUUGCUGUUAAACAUGCUGGAUCCAAAAGGCUGGAAUGAAGUAUCAUGUUGCAAAGGAGUAUAAGACACUGAUUUUUUAAAUUUUUUUUUGCUUUUUAUCAAUGAAAGCCAUAAAGGUGACAAAGGUCUGCUGGUGUGUGAGGGGUGUAUACCAUGUUUGAGGACAGACCUUAAGAAGCAAAAAGGAUUUGUACACCUAAUAAAAAAUAAUAAUAAAAAAUAAAUCAUGUAAUAA